AUGGAUUCUUCGCUAAAGAUAUUUGGAAAACCAACAAAUUCUGGUUGGUCUAGAAAUCUUUCGAUUUUCGUGUCUAAUUACGCCUAGAAAACGGCAUCCAAAAAAGUACAGUUUUUCAGAAAUAUCCAAAUUCUAUUCACAAAAUACUGUACAAAUUAAUAAUUUUUGGAAAAACCCGUUUUCUAGGAGUGAGAUAAAAUAAUUGAAAAAAAAAAAGAAAAAAAAGAAAAUGAAAUUUCAACGAGGAUAGUUCCCAAUCCUAAGUUGCCCUAACUUUUCCCCCGAUUUUUUCGCUAGGUAUUUUUGUGUCCCUUAUUUUUCCACCUAGUUUUUUAGAUCUUUUUUGAGCUAACUCGACCCAAACCCUCUAUUUAUUUUUUUGCAAUUCUCGUUUUUUGUCGGCAGCAUUUCGAUGUGAUUUUUAAAAGGUUUGUUGAUUUUUAUAGUUCACUUGAAAAUCAAUAAUUUGUAUUUUUCAGGUUCACAUCAUUCACAAAUCUAUUUUUGCCGCGAAAAAAAUUGAGGAGCCUAUAAGUCUAGCGAGUUUUUAGCUUAAGUGAGUUGAAAAUUUAUGAAUUUUAUGGGAAAUAUAAGAAUUUUGAAUUUUCAGAUUCGAAAACUCGUCAAAAAUUUGGAAGCUCGACUCGAAUUUGGAACUUGCUCGAUUUUUUAAACCUCACUUGAAUUUUCGGACGGAAGCUCGUAGAAAUUCACAGAUUUUCUCAUUAAUCCAAAUUUUCAAUUUGAGUUAGAAGAACUUAAUUUCUUCUCGUGAUUUUAAAAGGUUAGUUGAUUUUUGUAGUUCACUUGAAAAUCAAUAAUUUGUAUUUUUUCAGAUUCGAAACUCGAUCAAAAAUCGAAAAUUUAUGGAUUUAUUUUCUACUAGAAAUAUUGAAUUUUGCUGGAAAUUUGAAGUCGACUGGAAAUGAUUCGAAUUUUCUUUUGGUUUUUGGAUCAAAAAAUGCAAUCCUGUUGGAAGUUUCGGGGAUUAUUCGCUGGAAUUCGAGAAUUCAAAAUUCUUGAACACAUUUUGAAGCUCGAAAUAUCGAUUUGAAUAUGGAUUUUCUCCUCGAAAAUUAGAAUUUCGAUGAGAUUUUGAGCCCUACUCGAAUUUUUGGUUGGAAUUUGCUCGAUUUUUGAAUUUUAUCGAAGAGCAUUUUCAAAGAAAAUCUGGAAUCAUAUGGACUUAAAAUCAACAAACAAAGAAGAAGAAAACGAAAAAAACAAUCAUAAUUUCUACUUGGAAUACAAAUAUUCGGAGAGCACUGCUCAAAAAAAAGAUGCGACAUAUUCUGGAGCAUCGAUUGGCUCUGCGGAGCUUUCUCUUCUCAAUUUUCAGCUCGGGGGAUUGGGGUUUUCUGGGAGCAGAACUGUGUUUUAGAAAUUGAUUGUUUUUUUUCAGAUUUGGCUCGCGAAUCAACAAUUGCCUCAAGAUUUUCGAAUAUGCAGUGCCGGGUUUAGUUUUUUGGUUUAUCACUGAAAUUCUGCGAGAAAAAUCGAAUUUUUAGAUUGCCCGUCUGAUAAAGAGCAAAAAAGAAAUGCGCUCCAACGAACAAACAACAACGUGGAAAAUUUGGCGAAUUUCCCAAAGUGUAAGUAAAAAAUAUGAGAAAUUCUGAAAUUCUCGUUUGAAACUAAUAAAAUUCAAAUUUUUCAUGAUUUUUUAAAUGAAAAUAAUGAAAACUCUUCAUUUUAUUAGUUAUUUUUGGAAUUUCAGUGGAGAUGCGGAAGCUAUGCCCAAAUUUUGAAUUUUUAAAGAAAAACUUAUUUUUUUUUAAAUUCAAUUCAAUUUUUUGUUUCAGAUGGUCAAUCAAUCAAAUGCGCUCCAUCGAACUUAUCAUUUUUUGAUUACGGUAAGUAUUAAUAUAAAAAUAAAUAUGAAUUUCUGAAAUAUCCAUAAAAUAACUAAUAAAAUUUAAAGUUUUCUUGAUUUUCUUUUUUUUUAAAGGGUUGGUGUUCUUCUGGUGAAAAAAUCGUCUGCAAAAAGGCGUCACCGUGUUGUUUUCAAAGUUGUGUGCAAACACACACGAAAAUUCAAAAAACGAGUUGUGCGCUAGAGCGCAUUUACUUGCUUUAUUUCGUAGGUUUUAACUCGCUUGUGUUUUUGAGGAAAAACAUGGGCUGAAUUGAUACUAGAAUUUUUUCUAAAAGUGGAACCUUCCAGGAGCACCUUAUUCCUAUCUAAACCAAGCAAGAUUCCCUGGCGGAGCACCAACCCUUUAAUUAGAAAAUCUUGAAAACUCUUCAUUUUAUUAGUUAUUUUUUGGAAUUUCAGCGGAGAUGCGGAAGCUAUGCCCAAAUUUUGAAUUUUUAAUCAAAAACUUAUUUUUUUUAAAUUCAUUUCAAUUUUUUGUUUCAGAUGGUCAAUUAAUCAAAUGCGCUCCACAGAACUUAUCAAUUGUUGAUUACAGUAAGUAUUAAUAUAAAAAUAAAUAUGAAAUUCUGAAAUAUCCAUUAAAUAACUAAUAAAAUUUAGAGUUUUCUUGAUUUUCUUUAAUUGCAAAAUCUUGAAAACUCUUCAUUUUAUUAAUUUUUUUUUGGAAUUUCAGUGGAGAUGCGGAAGCUAUGCCCAAAUUUUGAAUUUUUAAUCAAAAACUUAUUUUUUUUAAAUUCAUUUCAAUUUUUUGUUUCAGAUGGUCAAUUAAUCAAAUGCGCUCCACAGAACUUAUCAAUUGUUGAUUACGGUAAGUAUUAAUAUAAAAAUAAAUAUGAAAUUCUGAAAUAUCCAUUAAAUAACUAAUAAAAUUUAGAAUUUUCUUGAUUUUCUUUUUUUUUAAUUAGAAAAUCUUGAAAAUUCUGCAUUUUAUUAGUUAUUUUUUGGAAUUUCAGUGGAGAUGCGGAAGCUAUGCCCAAUUUUUGAAUUUUUAAUCAAAAACUUUUUUUUAAAUUAAAUUCAAUUUUUUGUUUCAGAUUUGGUCAAUCAAUCAAAUGCGCUCCAUCGAACUUAUCAAUUUUUGAUUACGGUAAGUAUUAAUAUAAAAAUAAAUAUGAACUUCUGAAAUAUCCAUAAAAUAACUAAUAAAAUUUAGAGUUUUCUUGAUUUUCUUUAAUUGCAAAAUCUUGAAAACUCUUCAUUUUAUUAAUUUUUUUGGAAUUUCAGUGGAGAUGCGGAAGCUAUGCCCAAAUUUUGAAUUUUUAAUCAAAAACUUAUUUUUUUUAAAUUCAUUUCAAUUUUUUGUUUCAGAUGGUCAAUUAAUCAAAUGCGCUCCACAGAACUUAUCAAUUGUUGAUUACAGUAAGUAUUAAUAUAAAAAUAAAUAUGAAAUUCUGAAAUAUCCAUUAAAUAACUAAUAAAAUUUAGAAUUUUCUUGAUUUUCUUUUUUUUUAAUUAGAAAAUCUUGAAAACUCUUCAUUUUAUUAGUUAUUUUUUGGAAUUUCAGCGGAGAUGCGGAAGCUAUGCCCAAAUUUUGAAUUUUUAAUCAAAAACUUAUUUUUUAAAUUCAUUUCAAUUUUUUGUUUCAGAUGGUCAAUUAAUCAAAUGCGCUCCACAGAACUUAUCAAUUGUUGAUUACAGUAAGUAUUAAUAUAAAAAUAAAUAUGAAAUUCUGAAAUAUCCAUUAAAUAACUAAUAAAAUUUAGAAUUUUCUUGAUUUUCUUUUUUUUAAUUAGAAAAUCUUGAAAAUUCUGCAUUUUAUUAGUUAUUUUUUGGAAUUUCAGUGGAGAUGCGGAAGCUAUGCCCAAUUUUUGAAUUUUUAAUCAAAAACUUUUUUUUUUAAAUUAAAUUCAAUUUUUUGUUUCAGAUUUGGUCAAUCAAUCAAAUGCGCUCCAUCGAACUUAUCAAUUUUUGAUUACGGUAAGUAUUAAUAUAAAAAUAAAUAUGAACUUCUGAAAUAUCCAUAAAAUAACUAAUAAAAUUUAGAGUUUUCUUGAUUUUCUUUAAUUGCAAAAUCUUGAAAACUCUUCAUUUUAUUAAUUUUUUUUGGAAUUUCAGUGGAGAUGCGGAAGCUAUGCCCAAAUUUUGAAUUUUUAAUCAAAAACUUUUUAUUUUUUUAAUUAAAUUCAAUUUUUUGUUUCAGAUUGGCCAGUUGAUCAAAUGCGCUCCAUCGAACUUAUCAAUUUUUGAUUACGGUAAGUAUUAAUACAAAAAUAAAUAUGAACUUCUGAAAUAUCCAUAAAAUAACUAAUAAAAUUUAGAGUUUUCUUGAUUUUCUUUAAUUGCAAAAUCUUGAAAACUCUUCAUUUUAUUAAUUUUUUUUUGGAAUUUCAGUGGAGAUGCGGAAGCUAUGCCCAAAUUUUGAAUUUUUAAUCAAAAACUUUUUAUUUUUUUAAUUAAAUUCAAUUUUUUGUUUCAGAUUGGCCAGUUGAUCAAAUGCGCUCCAUCGAACUUAUCAAUUUUUGAUUACGGUAAGUAUUAAUACAAAAAUAAAUAUGAACUUCUGAAAUAUCCAUAAAAUAACUAAUAAAAUUUAGAGUUUUCUUGAUUUUCUUUAAUUGCAAAAUCUUGAAAACUCUUCAUUUUAUUAAUUUUUUGGAAUUUCAGUGGAGAUGCGGAAGCUAUGCCCAAAUUUUGAAUUUUUAAUCAAAAACUUUUUAUUUUUUUAUUAGAAAAUUCAAUUUUUUGUUUCAGAUUGGCCAGCCGAUCAAAUGCGCUCCAUCGAACUUAUCAAUUUUUGAUUACGGUAAGUAUUAAUAUAAAAAUAAAUAUGAACUUCUGAAAUAUCCAUAAAAUAACUAAUAAAAUUUAGAGUUUUCUUGAUUUUCUUUAAUUGCAAAAUCUUGAAAACUCUUCAUUUUAUUAGUUAUUUUUUGGAAUUUCAGUGGAGAUGCGGAAGCUAUGCCCAAAUUUUGAAUUUUUAAUCAAAAACUUUUUAUUUUUUUAAUUAAAUUCAAUUUUUUGUUUCAGAUUGGCCAGUUGAUCAAAUGCGCUCCAUCGAACUUAUCAAUUUUUGAUUACGGUAAGUAUUAAUAUAAAAAUAAAUAUGAACUUCUGAAAUAUCCAUAAAAUAACUAAUAAAAUUUAGAGUUUUCUUGAUUUUCUUUAAUUGCAAAAUCUUGAAAACUCUUCAUUUUAUUAAUUUUUUUUUGGAAUUUCAGUGGAGAUGCGGAAGCUAUGCCCAAAUUUUGAAUUUUUAAUCAAAAACUUUUUAUUUUUUUAAUUAAAUUCAAUUUUUUGUUUCAGAUUGGCCAGUUGAUCAAAUGCGCUCCAUCGAACUUAUCAAUUUUUGAUUACGGUAAGUAUUAAUACAAAAAUAAAUAUGAACUUCUGAAAUAUCCAUAAAAUAACUAAUAAAAUUUAGAGUUUUCUUGAUUUUCUUUAAUUGCAAAAUCUUGAAAACUCUUCAUUUUAUUAAUUUUUUUUUGGAAUUUCAGUGGAGAUGCGGAAGCUAUGCCCAAAUUUUGAAUUUUUAAUCAAAAACUUAUUUUUUUAUUAGAAAAUUCAAUUUUUUGUUUCAGAUUGGCCAGCCGAUCAAAUGCGCUCCAUCGAACUUAUCAAUUUUUGAUUACGGUAAGUAUUAAUAUAAAAAUAAAUAUGAAUUUCUGAAAUAUCCAUAAAAUAACUAAUAAAAUUUAGAAUUUUCUUGAUUUUCUUUUUUUUAAAUUAGAAAAUCAUGAAAACUCUUCAUUUUAUUAGUUAUUUUUUGGAAUUUCAGUGGAGAUGCGGAAGCUAUGCCCAAAUUUUGAAUUUUUAAUCAAAAACUUAUUUUUUUAUUAGAAAAUUCAAUUUUUUGUUUCAGAUUUGCUCAAUCAAUCAAGUGUGCUCCAUCGAACUUAUCAAUAUUUGAUUACGGUAAGUAUUAAUAUAAAAAUAAAUAUGAAUUUCUGAAAUAUCCAUAAAAUAACUAAUAAAAUUUAGAAUUUUCUUGAUUUUCUUUUUUUAAAUUAGAAAAUCAUGAAAACUCUUCAUUUUAUUAAUUUUUUUUGGAAUUUCAGUGGAGAUGCGGAAGCUAUGCCCAAAUUUUGAAUUUUUAAUCAAAAACUUAUUUUUUUAUUAGAAAAUUCAAUUUUUUGUUUCAGAUUUGCUCAAUCAAUCAAGUGUGCUCCAUCGAACUUAUCAAUAUUUGAUUACGGUAAGUAUUAAUAUAAAAAUAAAUAUGAAUUUCUGAAAUAUCCAUAAAAUAACUAAUAAAAUUUAGAAUUUUCUUGAUUUUCUUUUUUUUAAAUUAGAAAAUCAUGAAAACUCUUCAUUUUAUUAGUUAUUUUUUGGAAUUUCAGUGGAGAUGCGGAAGCUAUGCCCAAAUUUUGAAUUUUUAAUGAAAAACUUAUUUUUUUUAAUUAGAAAAUUCAAUUUUUUGUUUCAGAUUGGCCAGCCGAUCAAAUGCGCUCCAUCGAACUUAUCAAUUUUUGAUUACGGUAAGUAUUAAUAUAAAAAUAAAUAUGAAUUUCUGAAAUAUCCAUAAAAUAACUAAUAAAAUUUAGAAUUUUCUUGAUUUUCUUUUUUUUUGAAUUAGAAAAUCUUGAAAACUCUUCAUUUUAUUAGUUAUUUUAUGGAAUUUCAGCGGAGAUGCGGAAGCUAUGCCCAAAUUUUGAAUUUUUAAUCAAAAACUUAUUUUUUUAUUAGAAAAUUCAAUUUUUUGUUUCAGAUUUGCUCAAUCAAUCAAGUGUGCUCCAUCGAACUUAUCAUUUAUUGAUUACGGUAAGUAUUAAUAUAAAAAUAAAUAUGAACUUCUGAAAUAUCCAUAAAAUAACUAAUAAAAUUUAGAGUUUUCUUGAUUUUCUUUUUUUUUAAUUAGAAAAUCUUGAAAACUCUUCAUUUUAUUAGUUAUUUUAUGGAAUUUCAGCGGAGAUGCGGAAGCUAUGCCCAAAUUUUGAAUUUUUAAUCAAAAACUUAUUUUUUUAUUAGAAAAUUCAAUUUUUUGUUUCAGAUUUGCUCAAUCAAUCAAGUGUGCUCCAUCGAACUAAUCAUUUUUUGAUUACGGUAAGUAUUAAUAUAAAAAUAAAUAUGAAAUUCUGAAAUAUCCAUAAAAUAACUAAUAAAAUUUAAAUUUUUCUUGAUUUUUUUUAAUUAGAAAAUCUUGGAAAAUUCUUUAUUUUAUUAGUUAUUUUUCGGAAUUUCAGUGGAGAUGCGGAAGCUAUGCCCAAAUUUUGAAUUUUUAAUCAAAAACUUAUUUUUUUUAUUAGAAAAUUCAAUUUUUUGUUUCAGAUCAAUCAAUCAAUCAAAUGCGCUCCAUCGAACUUAUCAUUUGUUGAUUACGGUAAGUAUUAAUAUAAAAAUAAAUAUGAAUUUCUGAAAUAUCCAUUAAAUAACUAAUAAAAUUUAGAAUUUUCUUGAUUUUCUUUUUUUUAAUUAGAAAAUCUUGAAAACUCUUCAUUUUAUUAGUUAUUUUUCGGAAUUUCAGUGGAGAUGCGGAAGCUAUGCCCAAAUUUUGAAUUUUUAAUGAAAAAACUUGAAAUUUUCAGAGCGAUUUGGUGCCAAUUUUUCUGGAAAUCCAUCAAAUUCACAAGGUUCUGGAGUCGAUUCUUCAAUAAUUUUUAAUUACUGUGUUAUUUAUCCCUACUUUUUGCUUAAAAGCCAAAAAGUAGAAAAUUUCUGUAGUUCUGUUUUCUCUACAAGUCAUUGCAUAAAAGCCAAUGACUCGUAGUUUUGUUUUUCCUGGUUACUGUAGAGGUACAGUAAUCACUAACUGCAGUAAUCAGGGUACUGUAGAUUUCGUGUCUACAAUAAGAUUACUGUAGUUUUGUUUUCUCUAUGAGUCAUUGCAUUAAAGCUAAUGACUCAUAGUUUGUUUUUCGAAGUUUUGUGUCAAAAUCGUUUGGUUCUGAUUUGACAAAAAUCCACUGUUUCAAAAAAAUUGAAUAAUUUUUUGUGGCUUGGAAUAAUUUGAUUCUAUAUCAGCGGAGAGCAAUUCUGUAGGCAAGAAAAAUAUUUUCCGCAAAAAUCGUUAGUUUGAUCUGUUUCCAUAUUGACAGAAAAUCCACUGUUUCAAAAAAUUGUAUUUUUUGAGGCUCGAAAAAAAAUAAUCAGUAUCUAGAAAGUCUCUGAUCGAAAAAUCCUUUUCCCCCUAAAUUUUGUGUAAAGAAAUGCCACGGCGAGAAAAAUAAAACUUUUUGUUCUUCUUCCCCCUCCCGCAGAAAAUAGAGAGGAGUGGAGAAUGUGCGCUCUAAUGAUAAUGUAUGCGAGAGGAAAUUUUUAGGAUUUUCAAUUUUCUCCAGCCAUUUUUUUCGCCUGUACUUUUUUUCUUUUCCCGCUCUCUCCAAUUUUCUCACUCUCUCGUUUUUCUGCACCAGUUUCUCUGCCGCAUUUUCCAAGGGAGGGGGGAGGUUUAAAAAUUCUCGCCGUGAUGCCCAUGAAAAGUCGAUAUUUCUUGCUAAAAAUAAUGAAAGUUGCAAAAAGUUUGAAAUUUUUCAUUAAUUUUUUUCACAAAAUUUAAGUUCUAGCUCAAAAUUUCAUGAAAAAUUUAUUAUUUCAGCUCUUAAACUUGAUUUCCAGCAUUUUUAGCACUAAGCUUCUGAUUUCCAUUCAAAAUUGUUCAAUUUUUCUCAAAAAAUUGAAUCCAUUGGGUUUUCCAAUGUUUUCUCCCAAAUUUUGUGUAAAAAAAAUCUACUGUUUCAAGAAAAUUUUAUAAUUUUUCAAUUAUCAAAACAUUUGAUAGGCGGUCUAUAUAGGUUCCAAUUUGACAAAAAUUUACUGUUUCAAAAAAUAUACAAUUUCUUGACAUGUUUUAUUUAUUCGCUUGAUCGCUCUUUCCAUUAUCCACUCCAAAUAUGUUUUUCUUUUUUUACACAAAAAUCCACUGUUUCAAAAAAGUUGUUUAAAUUUUGUCACAUUUUUUUGGAUCUCUUUCACGCAUUUCAAUUUUCAAUCUCUUUCACGAAUUUCAAUAAAACAGAAAAAUUUUGAAAGAAAAAAUCAAAAAUCCACUGUUUCAAAUAAAACUAAUUUCUCAAAAAAGUCCCUUUUUCUCAAUACUUUUUUCCUAAUUUCGCGGUAUUUUCUAAGAAACAAAACGAGAUUAGCAUAACAAUAAAGUAUUUUUUAUGAACGGUGGAGCAGAUUUAUCGAUUUUAUUAGGUUGGUAACAAAAAACAGGUCAUAAAAUAGAAUUUGUGAAGUUUCCGCCAGAAAAAUUUGAGUUUUUCAAAGAGUUUUGAAAUUCUAAAAAAAAUCACUGUUUCAAAAAUUUAUUAUAAUUUUUCCGAACUCUGCUUGCUUAUUGCUUCGAUAUUACUCACACAAAAAAUUCAGAAACAAUUUCGCUCUAAAAAUCCCCUAACCUUAAAUUCUCCCAAUUUUUCCCAAUGGGCAACUCCUUAACCACCCAAAAAUCUCCUAAUUGUUUUGUUAACCAAAUUCCUCGAAUCCUAGAAAAAUUAAAAAUUUGUGUAUAAAUUUUUCACUGUUUCAAAAAAUUAUCAUAUUUUUUUGGAAUUUGGUUAAUUGGUAUAUGAACGCAACUUGAACAUUGUCACUUUAUAACAUCAAAUUGUAGAUUCUUUAAUUUUUUUGCUGUUUCAAAACAAUUCUAUAAUAUUGAAUCCACCAAAAUGCCCUCAUUUUUGUUAUCGCUCAAAAUUUCAUGAAAAAUCGAUUAUUUGAGCUCUCAAGAACGAUUUCCAUCAUUUUGUUUUAUAAAAAUUUACUGUUUCAAAAAAAAUAUAUAAUUUUUUGUUUCUCAAAAAAUUUGAUAGAGAUUUAAAUCAAAAAAUCCCAUUUUGAUCUCAAAAAUAAUUUCGAUCUACGAAAAAAAAAUAAUAUUCCUCCAUUUUUUGACUCAAUCAAUAAUUUCCUUUCACAUUUUGAAUAUACGUCUUCUUCCUCUUUUUUCUCACUGUCUCUAAUUCUCUCUCAAUUUUCCACACUCUCUCAUUUACUCUGCAUGUCUAAUCUCUUCAUAUAAAUUAUUUAGGUUUUGGUUUUUUAUUUAAUUUUUUGUCCUAAAUUUCACCUUAAAAUCGUUGAAAAUCCACUGUUUCAAAUAAAAUUCAUAUAAUUUUUCUUCCCAAAAAUGUUUGAUACACAUCUCGUAUUCUAUUCAAAAGUCCAAACUUUCCUUUUCAAAAAUCCACUGUUUCAAGAAAAUUUUAUAAUUUUUCAUUUUCUCAAAGAGUUUGAUAUUGAAAAUGGUUGUGAGUGCAUAUUUUUUUUAAAAAAAUUACUGUUUCUAAAAAUAUAUAGUUUCUUGAUAUGUUUUAUUUAUUCGCUAAAUUUUCUCCAUGUCUCAUUCCAAAUAUGUUUUUCCUUGUUUUUUUACACAAAAAUUCACUGUUUCAAAGAAGGGCUAUAAUGUUUUGGUCAACAAUUUUCGGUGAUCCAAUGACAAUAUAGGCUGCGUGGAAGAACCUUGAAUUAAUCGUCGUAAGUCAAUUUUUUGUUCGAAAAAUUCUGAAAAUCAAAUAUAUUUCUCCAGAAAACUAUAAGAAACUUCCUCAAAAAUCCACUGUUUCAAAUAAAAUUCAUACAAUUACCAAAUAUCCUUUGAAAAAGGUCCCUUCUCCCUCCGUUCCCCCAUUUUUCGCGGUAUUUUCUAAAGAACAAAAUGAGAUUAGCAUAACAAUGAAGUUUACACUAUUCAUUUUUUAUGAACGGUGGAGCAGAUUUAUCUAUUUUAUUAGGUUGGUAACAAAAAACGGGUCAUAAAAUAGGAUUUGUGAAGUUGCCGCCAAGAAAUUAGGAAUUUUGGAGGGAAAUUUUCACUGUUUUAGAUGAAUUUGGAAACAGAAAAUUUGGAAACAUCUCUGAAAAUCCUGUGAAAAAUCAGAAAAAUUCACUGUUUCAAAAAAUAUGUAUAGAUUUUUUCGGAAUCGGAUUUUCGAUGACUGGGCAGUUUUCGCACGAAAAUUACUAGAAUUUUGAAAUUAUGUAGAAAUAUUUUUCAUAUUUCUUUUUCAAAAAUCUGCAUUUUAUCUUUCAUUUCAGAAAUAUCUGAAAUUUAGCAAAUUAAUUUUUCACUGUUUCAAAAAGUAGUUAUAAUUUUUUUCGAAUUCUCGUUUUUUGAUUUCGCUAAAGAAUUAGGAUUUUUCCAAUUAAUAACAAAAAAUUAUGUGAAAAAAUUAUAAAUUAAUUAUUUUUAAUUGCCACGUCAUCAAUAUCACGUUGAAAUUGAGUUUUUCUGACAAAAUUUUCAAAAAAUUACUAUUUUUGAUGGAAGGAAAUCCACAAUUUCAUCCACAAUUUCGAACAAAAUUCAAUUUUUUUACUGUUUCAAAACAAUUCUAUAAAUUUAUUUGGAAUCGGAUUUUUCAAUGCGAAAUCCAGAAAUUUUAUAAACAAAAAUAAAAAUUUACCUUGUCUUUUACAACGACACUCCGCUUGCCCGUUGUUUAGCGCAACACGAGAAUAUUUUCAUUUUUCGUUUUUUUUUCGCUGGGUUUUCAGGUUUCCGGGGGGAAAAUCAGUGAAUUUCAGUCAAAAAUUGAAUUUUCAGAUGUUCUACAAGGCUCGAAUUAUGGCUUCCAACGGAAAAUUCGAGGAUUAUCGAAGAACGGUGGGUUUUUUCUAGAGAAAUUCAUGAAAAAUUCAAAUUUUCUGAUUUUCAGCCUGAAAUAUUGAUGGUUAAUUGGAUUUCAAUGUCAAUUUCGGAUUUCUCAAUGAUUUUUGUGUGA